AACUAUGCUGUAUUCGAUUUCAGCUAAAUGUUACAUGAUAUAUACAAAAAGAAAGGCGAAGAUUGAAAAAAAUAUUUCGACAAUAUGUUGCAAAAUACGAUUUCAAUUCCGCCGGCGAAAUAUGUUUGAAGUGGCGUGUUUCUCACAACUGCUUUUCUAUUUGCGUUUGUAUGUUAGUUGAUCAGGAAGUAUCGUAAUGGUAAAUAGCGGCUACCUCAGAUAUAAUUUUAAUUUUCAAUAUUGUAAACGAGUUAUGGAGUUCUAUUUUAAGACAUAUGAUUAACAUUUCAGCCCAAAAUCCGAUUCAAGUUAUAAUUCGAUUCGCGGUGAAGCAGGGACGCGUUUUCGCUCAUUGGGGCACGAUCGCUCCCAGAGCGGCAGAUGGUAAACUGGGGAGAAGAGUAACAAGGGAAUUGGAAUUAAGUCGAUGUUUAGGAAUAGGAAUCCGAAUCAUUCGAUUGAUAGGGAACAAAAAAGUCGGAAUUUCCAGAAAAUGAGUUUCGAAAAAGACGAAAAUGUUAGUCCUGAUGACAGGCUAGAAGCGUCCUACUAAGGAGGCUUUGAUUUGUCUAUUCAUUGGGUGCAUAUAGCGGAGCAUUCAAAUGUCGAUUUAGGUCAUAUAUAUAUCCAUCCCCAAUUGUAACCUAUUGUCUAUAUGGAAGCCCAAUAGUCCUCUACAAAGGAGGCCAUUUAAAUAGCGAUUAUAUAUCCAUCCCUAUUUCUGACUCUAUAUUGCGUGAGCAUCGAUCGAGUCUCGCACACAAGUAAUAGCCAAUGAUAAAUAUAGCUUAGUAUUCGAAUUUUAGUUAGAUUAAAUAAAAUUGGGCAAUCAGCCGCAUGAUAAUAUCUCAGAUUAUGAUGUCAUAUUCAUUCCGUAAUCAUAAAUCACAAUAUUAUCGAUUGUUGUCAGUGUUUGUGAUACAACAAUAUCAUAGUGAUUUCACAAUACGCACCUUAGUUUGUAUCCGUGAUGUAACAAUCUUGAGAAUCAGUUGUUCAAUUUUUUAGAAUAAUAUACUAAACUGGUAUUUUUUUUCAUAUUUUCAGAAUUUUACGUUUAUUAUAAAUUUAUCGUAAGUCAAAACUAUGUUGGAUACUACGUCAUCAGCUAAUGACGAAAUGUACAAGCAAAUAACAACUACAUCGGUAUCUUCAACCACAACUGCCGGAAAUUGGGAUCUCGGAAUUCCGCAGAGUUUUCAAUCACUCACGAGGGCGAUAACGUCGUCGAUAGACGAUGAGGAAAAAUCGUUGAAUAAAAACGAAGAAACUAGAAAAUCUGAGAAAUCAAAAAAGAAGCGCAAACGCGAUCGAAGCCCGGAGACUGUUCAUCAUUUGAAAAAGCAGAGACGAUCAAAAGCUAAUGAUCGGGAAAGGAACCGAAUGCACGGACUGAACGACGCCCUGGAACGUCUAAGAAAAGUUCUCCCAACUUACCCCGACGAGACAAAACUGACGAAAAUCGAAACUCUGCGAUUCGCUUACAAUUACAUUUGGUGUCUCAGUGAAAUGCUAAAGAACGGAAACACCGACCGAGCAAUGGUGAUGCAGCAAAACAAUUUUAUGAAUGGUGACGAAAACAUUGUGUCAUCAACAACUGGAGGACAAUUUAUGACGUCACCGAUGAUGCAAGAAGCGACACAACCGAUGAUGUCACAAUACCCUCCAGAAGCCUAUCAAUACCAUCAACAAAUGCCAAUGUAUGAGCAAGAAAACGAAUCAAACGAAAUCGCAGAAUGUUUUGACGACUUGGCCCUCGAACAACCUUUUAUGACGUCACAAUUUGAUGUCAACUCCCACAAUCUACCAACUUAUGAUUUCGAUUGCAGGAAUACCAAUAAUAACAAUAGCAACAAUAAUGUGGGGGUUGAAUAUCAACAACCUCAAGUGCGCCCUCUUCCACCGAUGACACUUCAAGGACUUGCCCCUAUUUCUCAUACUCCCCCCACCCCACCUUUUUCGGCCACUUCCCCCCACUGUGGAAGUCCCCUCAUGUCAGCUGAUUCCAUGGGAAAUCAACAUUUUACUUUUGUUCCUCCUCCAACUCCCAGUGACACCGGGGAUUCCCCAUUUAGCAGCCCCCAAAAACCCAAGCAAUUUGAAAUCCCUCCCCACCCAAACAUGCUGUGUACUGCCACUGGUGGCCAAAUGUUUCACCAUAGUUCUGAACAGUAUUUUUCUAUGAGAUAAUUUUCUAUUUUUUUCGUUUUUUCCUAUUAAAAAUUCAAUGUUAUUGCUCUAUCUUAGGCAAUUUGUUAAAUAGAACUUAUUGAAAAUUUGUCAAAAAAUUCGAAAACUUACAAUUGAUUCGAUUUUUUUUAAUAUUUAAUUUAUUUGUAUAAAGCUCGCCUUCACCUACUAAGGUCCACUAUUUGCCAAUAAAUCUUUGAAUUAUCAUGAUGCCAUGUUUAUUCGAUGAUACGAAGAUAAAAACCCUACUGCCAAGUUGCACGUUUUUUUACUAAAAUUGAUAGUUUUGUUACAUCAUAAUUUUAUUACGUCAUCAUUUUAUUAUAUCAUCAUAUUUGUAAAAAACACUGCCAUUUUUUGAAGCUUGACUGAAAAAAGUUCGAUUAUGCCAUAUUUUUUUGUGAAAUUUCUUGGCCGUACUGACUUAAAUUAUUUCAACUUGAUGAAGUUUGUCUCAGCUCCUGCUCUAUUAUAGAGAUUCUUUCGCGUUAAGUAAAAUCCUGUGACCUUGCUUUGAGCGAAUGUACCUAAUACCCCCAAUAAUUUAAAAAAUGAUUUUCCUGAAACCGACUACACAAAAACUAAACUUUUUGUUUAAUUAUUAUUUUUUUAUAUUUUGUAUUAUUUGUUAUUGUCACUACCCUUUUUCAUACUUUUUGUCCCGUGCUGUCUCUUCUCUCCUUCAAAAUAAAAAUUAUUGAAAACAAA